CUUUCCAUCAAAACCCUAAUUAAAGGUAUUCCAUCCAAUUCGACGGAAUUUUGGUGUUUGUCCGUUGAGAAAUGUCUUUCAACAUCAACCGGUUCAAUCCUCAAUCAGCCGCCGAGAAAGCGGUUUCAGUUAUCGGCUUCGGCUACAAUCUCUGUAACGAUUUGCGAUUGUCUUCUUGCAAGCCGGGUCCAUCGGGGUCUAAGCUGAUCGAUAUCGACUUCACUCGAAGUAGAGACCUUGUACUUCCGACUGGCGUUGUCGUCCCUAAUGUUCCUACUUCCAUCAACUGUGAUAAAGGCGAGCGUACCCGAUUCCGGUCGGAUGUCAUCUCCUUCAAUCAGAUUGUUACACGUAGCCAACGAAGUAUAUAGUAAAGACUUCUUUCAUUAUUUGAAAUAAUGAAAGAAGUUGUUUUCAUCUCAGAAAAAGGAAAAACCCAAAGUAGCAAAGACGUCGAUGUUUAUUACUUUUGUGAAAAACACACAAAUGCACAGCUUUGAUGCAGGCCAUGAUUUCUGCUAGUUUCGGCCGGAGGAUCUGGUGGUGGAAACGGAAUGGAACAAGUUUUUGGAUUAACCACCAUUUCCUCCCUUUUUGUGAAGUUUCCAACAGUUUACGUGAAACAAGCCUCUCCAUCUCUCAAGUUUACUUUGAUGGGGCCCAAGCUUUAUGUAAAUACUACUAAGGUUGAUUCAAACAAUCGUCCAGUAACGGGAGUUCGCUUGUCUUCAUGGGAUCCUGCUGCCCUUGCAGAAACCAACGAAUGCAAGAAUCUAUUUCAAUAUUGCACAAAAAGGAAAAGGCAUUGCAAGAGGAGAACAGGCAGUUAGCAAAUAAGAAUGAUUGAAGUUAUAUCGGGUUGAAAGCUGAGCAAUUGUGUAGAUAGCCAGGCGAUCAUUGAAGGUUGAAGAUUGAAGAUUGAAGAUUGAAGAUUGCGAAGACGUUUAGAAUUUUUCUUAUUUACAUCUUGUAUUAGGAUCUUUUUUCAUAUACUGUUGUAGAAUGUAUAUAUAAACACAAUAU